UUUCAUUUUCCAAUCACAGCGGGCUGGCUGGCCCCACCGAAUCGAGCGCUCACAAUGCACAGUGGACAAAGCGGCAUGCAAUUCAUUUGGACAAAAAAAUGAUCCAUCAACCGAACCAUUGACAGCACGGCGCGUACGAAACGAAGAGCAGCAGCAGGAGCAGCAGUCACAGCUUGCUUCCUCACACACACACACGCUGCUCACGACGGUGAGCGCACGAUAAGAGAGCCCUGUGCUUGCUUUCCACACCGAAAAUUCCACCCCGUGUGCGUGUGUAAGUGUGUAACGAUAGGCAAACGCGCGCGCUCUGCCACCAGGCCCACCACCAAUCGAACAGGGCCGUGCGUGCGUGCGUGCACUGUCCAGCAAAGGUCGUUCUCACACCAACAACAACAACAACAACAACAACAACAGCAGCAGCAGAAAGUAAUAGUAACGGUCCGCAUUCGCGAAGACGUUCUCCCAUUUCCAGAACCGACCGCUCUAGUUGUGUGUGUGUUUUUUUUGUUUUUUGCGGUUCUCUCUUUCUCUCGCACUCUCCCUUGUGCGGCACGGUGUGUAUUCUUACUGCCGUUUUAUUCUCGCUCGAUCUCUGCCAUUCUCGCGAACGCGGUCAGAAGGUGUGUGUGUGUGUCUGUGUAUGUGUGUACGUGCGUGUGUUUGGAUGCGUGCUCGGUCGAGCAACGACGGCCUGUGAUUUAACCUCCCCUUCCCCCGUCUCGUUCGCACACACCUUCCGUGCACUGCACCUUCGUGCGUGUGUGUGUGUGUAGCCGUGUCGUUGUCGUGUGUUCGUGCGUGAAGCCAGAUCCGGUGUUCCAUCCAUCCGUUCGUACCAGUGCCAGUGGCUCGAUCGAUUUGCUGUUGCGAAACUACAAUCGCGGGUGUGUGUGUGUGUGCGUCACCACUACACAGUUGCAGAAAGGAAUGCGGGAAGGGAGCUGUCGGCCCGACUAAUCUGCUUCCGGGGUGCGGGGGUUCCUCCCUACUAUCAACUGUCGCUGCGCGGGGAACCAAGCCCCAGCGAGGUCCAAUCAACCCCCGACAGGGCAGUCGACCAUCAACCUUUUGCGCGGAUGCGGGCCAGGCACAGUCGACCGAAUUGACCGAAUGCGGCCGCAGCACCAUUGCGGAACAGUCGGUGGAGCAACCCGACAUCGCUGACCAGCUACGCCCGACUCUUCCCCGGCCAUUUGGCAGCAGGGAAGGAAGCAAAAGGGAAACGCGCGAUCGAUCAGGUGUUGCGAAACACGCGCACACCGAGAAAGAGAGCGAGAGAGAAAGGAGAAAACGGCGUGUGUCCUUCAACCUUUCGCGCUACCAUCCGAACGGCGACGCUGGAAGCAGGCAGGCGAAACACGGCGUAAACACAAAGGAAAAACGGGACAGAGGCGGACGUGCAUGUAUGCGAGGAACGAAGGUGGCCCUUAACAACCCGGCGAAUACGCAACAGCAGCAGCAGCAGUAAGGGACAGGAAGCGCUUAAGAAGAAGCCCCGGGGCCCACCAGCCUGCCCCACACACACACACAAUGCUACCCACGUACCAGCGGGUGAGUAGCGGCGGGAGCGGCACCGCCGGCACGAGCGUCUCCGUGACGAACCCGCUGCUCGGGCGGCGGUCGUUCCGGUCGCGCGAGAAGUGUCUCAUCCUGCUCGUCCUCUCCACGUUCGGGUUCGUCUGCUUCGGCGGGUUCUUCUUCCUGCCGGACAACUUCAGCGCGGACCGGGUGCUGAAGGCGUACAAGCAGUUCCAGCGGGCGGGGCCGGAAAUCUUCAUACCGGCGCCGCCGCCCGCCCACGGCCGCACCGGCGAGGAGGACAUCCACCGGCAGGACGAUCGGGUGAAGCUGGCGGAAAAGAUACGGAAGGAGCUGCCGGACGACUUUCUCGAGAAGCCGGACACGGGCGGCGGUGGCGAGGCGGCCGUUGGCGGAGAGGAAACGGAGGGCGGAGAGCAGCAGCAGCAGCAGCAGGCGCGGGACGGUGCCGGAGCGAUCGAUGAGCCGGCGCUGCAGCCGGGUGGCGGCGGUGGUGUGGGCGUUGUGGCCGGCCCGGCCAUCGAGGGCCCGGCCGGGGUGGUGCAGCCGCCCCACCAGCAGCACGCCCCGGAGCAGGACGAGGGCCAGCUGCAGGAGGCGCGCGGGUCCGAUAGGGCAGCAGUUACCGUCGUCGGUGUGUGCUACAGCGAGUGUGUGUGUGUGGCGAGCCUUUCCCUCUUGCUGUGGAGCCUUGUGUACUUCCUGCCGAGGGGAACAUCACCGCGAGUGGGCUUUAGCUCUGCCCGUUCCUUGCUUACGCUCUCGCUCUCUCUCUCUCUCUGCAAGCGUCCUCCAGAACCUGCGUCCUAUAACCGCUCUAGAAUGAGUGUCGUUGCUACGGCUAUGUUUCUGGUGGCAAUGACCGGCGUGACGCUGGUGGUGCGUCAGCAGCGAGAUCUGGCGGACCCGCUGCAGCCGGCGGUCCCGCACCACCGGUACCAGGAGCGCUUCCUCAGCUACGACGAUCACGUCCGGUUCGGUGGGCUCGGCGGCAGCAGCCCACCCGACCUGGACCCGAACGGGCAGCAGCAGCAGCAGCACUACUAUCACUACACGCACAGCAAGCGGCAGGCGGCACAGGAGGAAGGACCGGCCCCGUCGGCCGCCGACAUCGAGGAGGCCCGGGUACGGCGCUCCCUCUACGACAGCAGCUCGUACGUGCCGCGGUACAUCAACGCCACCGGCUGGCUGCGGAUCGAGGAGGGCAGCCCGGCCGCCGCCGCCGCCAGCCCCGUCGGCAGCUCGAUCGAUCACGAGAAGCGUGACUACGUGCGCCAGAUGAUGGUGCACGCCUGGAGCAACUACAAACUGUACGCGUGGGGCAAGAACGAGCUGCGGCCGCUGUCGAAGCGCGGCCACAGCAACAGCAUCUUCGGGUCGUUCGAUCUCGGCGCGACGAUCGUGGACGGCCUGGACACGCUCUACCUGAUGGGCCUGCACAAGGAGUUCGACGAGGGGCGGGAGUGGGUCGAGCGCAAGUUCACCCUCGACAACGUGGACGCGGAGCUGUCCGUGUUCGAGACGAACAUACGGUUCAUCGGGGGCUUCCUCACCUGCUACGCCUUCACCGGCGACCGGAUGUUCCUGGAGAAGGCGCGCUACGUCGCGGACAAGCUGCUGCCCGCCUUCCAGACCCCGACCGGCAUCCCGUACGCGCUGGUUAACGUGCACAAUGGGGUGAGCAAAAACUACGGCUGGGCAAGCGGGGGCAGCAGCAUCCUGUCCGAGUUCGGCACGCUGCACAUGGAGUUCGCCUACCUGAGCGACAUCACCGGCGACUCGGUGUACCGGGAGCGGGUCCAGACGAUCCGGGCGGUGCUGAAGGACAUCGAGAAGCCGAAGGGCCUGUACCCGAACUAUCUCAACCCGAAGACGGGCAAGUGGGGCCAGCAGCACAUGUCGCUCGGUGCGCUCGGCGACAGCUUCUACGAGUACCUGCUGAAGGCGUGGAUCCAGUCCGGGCAGGAGGACUGGGAGGCGCGCGAAAUGUACGACGACGCGAUGCAGGCCAUCAUCAAGCACAUGGUGCGGAACACUCCGUCCGGCUUGACGUACGUGUCCGACAUGAAGUUCGACCGGCUCGAGCACAAGAUGGACCAUCUGGCGUGCUUUGCAGGUGGUCUGUUCGGGCUCGGCGGUACCUCGCUCAACAAUCAGUAUUCCCAGCAGUACAUGGAGAUCGGCGAGGGGCUGACCAACACGUGCCACGAGAGCUACAUCCGCACGUACACCCGGCUCGGGCCGGAAUCGUUCCGCUUCAACGAUGGCGUCGAGGCGAAGGCACUGAAGGCGCAGGAGAAGUACUACAUCCUGCGGCCGGAAACGUUCGAAAGCUACUUCAUCAUGUGGCGGCUGACGCACGACCAGAAGUACCGCGACUGGGGCUGGGAUGCGGUGCAGGCACUCGAGAAGCACUGCCGCACACCGACCGGGUACACCGGGCUGAAGAACGUCUACCUAACCGAGCCGGUGAAGGACGACGUGCAGCAGAGCUUCUUCCUCGCCGAAACGCUCAAGUACCUCUAUCUGCUGUUUUCCGACGACUCGCUGCUCCCGCUGGACGAUUGGGUGUUCAACACAGAGGCGCACCCGCUGCCGGUCAAAGACCGGAAUCCGCUGUACCGUCCGGCGGCCGGUUCCAGCUCACCGUAAAGUGGCGCGCCAAGCGCGAUCGAUGGAGAGGGUCCAACAAAACAGUGACACAUACACGCGCGUGUACACACAAACAGAAGAAGAAGAAGAAGGAGAAGGAGAGUAGAGAAAAAAAAACCGCAAGAUUUCUUAUCCCUGUAUCUCAGCCGAAAGGAGCCAGAUAAGUUUGGGCGAAGAAGGGUGUUAAUUUUGUUCGGCCACCGGGUGAUACCUUAUCUCUGUAGUGCGUGGCAGGACAGGGGGGAAGGGGAGAAGACGGUGGUAGGUAGGGAAAGCAUAAAAAACAAGCAAUAUGGAGCCCAGAAAAACAAAAAACGAAAAAAAAAACACAAAAACACAAAAACACAAUCACACUGAGGAGGGGGGUUUGGGAACGUCGAGAGGGAAACGAGAAGCAAAUUUCAUUCUUUUACCAACAGUUUACGUGCCAAUAGUAUGUGUGUUUGUGUGCGUGUAUGUGUGUGUGUGUGUGUGUGUAAAAGACAAAAAUAGGGAGAAAGUGUGGGCGAGAGUUAGGAAAAAUGCGAGAUAUAGGUGAGGGCAAUGAGGGCCCAGCAAACGCAUCGGGCAAGGCCGUGUAUCCAACGGGGUGUACCGAUUAAUCUUAUUCCUCCUAACCAAAAAACAAACAAAAAACGAAAAGAAAAAUUAGGAAACACAUUUUAGCAAAUAUUCUAGGGGGGCACGCGCCACGUCGCGAUAGGGUCCGGUAGAUGUUUUUUUUUUUUAUUUACGCUCCCUUUUUGCUUUCUCUCCACCUUACCACGGUGCUGAUAUUACUCCCCUCCCUUGUGCACCACUCUUCCUCUUCCCGUUUUUUUUAAAUUGUGAUGAGUUUCCCUCGAAGCAAAACAA